CGCUGGGCGACCGAUUCCGCCAGAGUCCUCGGCGGAAUCCGUUGGGAAGAAGAUCGGAUUCCGCCGCAUGGCCAUGCCGUGCCGAAGUUCAGAGUCCUUCCUGAGCGCCUGAGAAACGAUCUCCACGCCAUGGCAGAGGAGGAUCGGGAAGCGAAGCUGUUGAAGGUCCAAGAGAAGCUGGAUUUCUUGAUGACGAAGGAAAAUCUACAGGAGGACAGCUUCAUCCAGAUGAAUAUGGAUGCACAGAUGAACAUCCCAAUCUGCAUCCUUGCAGGGCAUGAACAAUUUGAAGAGGGCGACGUCCAGGUCGACGUCCAGACCCUCUACGACGCCGCGAGGUCCACCCCCUGGGUCGAUGGGAUCGUGAGCUCAUCCGGAGAAGGGAGACCGAGGCUACGUUCUCAACAGGUGACGGUGGACAAGGCGGCGAUGCAGGUGAAACCCAUCAUCAAGAGCAAGAGGAAUACUGUGAUCCUCCACGAUCUUCCGGAUCAGAUCCCCUUGGAGGAGCUGCACGAGCUCUUUGAGAAGUGCCCCUGCGCGGAGAAGUUAAACAGCAUCAAGCCCGAUGUGAACAGCACUGUCUUCGUCACCUUCGAAGACGACGGCGCCGCGACGGAUGCUGCUUUGUGGCUGAGGUCACAAAAGCUUCGUGGAGCAAAUGUGAAGUGCUCUAUCAAGUCGCAGCAGUUCCUCCGGAGCUUCUUCCCCAUGAAGCCGGUGCCCAACCUCCAAGCGCAUGGUGUGCCAGCAUGGGCUGCCGCUUGGUCGGGCAACUGGGCGCUCCAGAGUGCUUGGAACGAGGGCCAGGAGGGGAAAGGCAUGGAGAAGGGCUUCAAAGGCGAUCCCAGCGUGGCGGGUGCGCCCAUGCCGGGUGCGCCCAUGCCGGGUGCGCCCAUGCCCAUGCCGGGUGCGCCCAUGCCGGGCGGCCCGGGCCCAUGCCCUGGCGGCUUUGGCAAAGGGAAGGGCAAAGGCAAGAGUCCAGGCAAAGGAAAGGAGGCCAAGGGCAUGAGCCCUAUGGACGGUGCCAUGGGCCCAAUGGGCGGUACCAUGGGCCCAAUGGGUGCCAUGGGUGCGGAGCGGAUGCACAGCAUGAGGAGCGAGGAGGCCUCUCGCCCCACCAGCGAGGCCCGCGACGACGACGACGAGACCAGCGGGUAUCGCCAUGCCUUCCGUCGCUACACCCGACAGCAAAUCAUCGAGAUUUGUGGAAAGAUGGAGCUGGUCGAGAAGCCGGAGAGCUACAAGAAGAUCGAAGCGGAUGUUGGCCUCUUCAGCCAUCAGCCCAACAAGGAUUGGGCGCCGUUGCCCACGCCCAUGGGGUCCUUCUUGGGCUCUGAAAGUCGGAGGACCGACGCGAGCGAUACGCCGGACGAAUCCGAGAGCCGAGCCUAUGCGAGCAAGAAGGAGCGGAAUGCGCGGGGUUCACGCUCCAGCGAGCCGGGCGAGGGCUCGCAGAGUGACUGGGACUGGGAACAUUGGCAUGAUUCCCACGGGUGGACAGAGAAUUGGUAUGGCCGCGGAAAGAUGCAAUGGGUGGCAAAGUCCUCUGGAGACGCUGAAGCUGAACACCACGAGCGUGGCGGAAGUGGUGCUUCCGCGUCGGGUGGGUGGCCGAGAAAGCCGAGCUGGGCGGAGAAGGUGCGGGGCUCGACCCAAAAGUGGCAAGCCAAAGCAAAACCGCCUGAGGACGAGCCGGAGGAAGAGCUGAAGGACGAGCAGAAGGAGGAGCAGAAGGAGGAGCAGCGUCCGAGCUGGGCGGACAAGGUUCGGCAUAGUCUGGGGCAUUGAGCGGCGCCAGGUCUGCGUACUGAGAGGUCCAGGUGAAGCAUCCAGUUGGCCCCAGAAAUUGCAGCCC